UUUUGUAGCUCUAGGAAGAACAUUCACAGAGGGAAGCUCAUGGAUCUCACCUUCACAGCCAUUGUCCCACUGCUUCUGGGCAGCGUGGGGCUCUUCGCCCUCUUCAGGCUGCUGCAGCGAAUGAGGAUGCGAGCCUACCUCCAGGAUGCAGUAGUGGUGAUCACAGGAGCUACAUCUGGCCUGGGGAAAGAAUGUGCAAAAGCUUUCCAUGCAGCUGGUUCCAGACUGGUGCUUUGUGGCAGAAAUGGUGAGAGACUACAGGACCUGGUGCAGGAGCUCUCUGCCAAGGCCAAUCACGCAAAGAAUGUAAUUUGUUCACAGAUACACAAACCUUUCACUGUGAUCUUUGACCUCUCUGAUACUAAAACGGUAGUAAGUGCUGCUGAAGAGAUCCUGAAGUGUGUGGGUCAUGUGGACAUACUGAUCAACAAUGCAGGGAUCAGUUACCGAGGCACGAUAUUGGACACGGGGAUGGAUGUGGACAAAAAAGUGAUGGAAACCAACUACUUUGGUCCUAUAGCAUUCACAAAAGCUCUUCUGCCCUCCAUGAUCAAAAGACAACAAGGCCACAUUGUGGUGAUCAGCAGCGUUCAAGGCAAAAUAAGCAUUCCUUUCAGAUCAGCAUAUGCAGCCUCCAAGCAUGCCACCCAGGCCUUUUUUGACUGUCUGCGAGCGGAGAUGGAACAGUAUGAAAUCGAUGUGACUGUUGUGAGCCCUGGCUAUAUUCAGACAAAUCUGUCUGUCAAUGCUGUAACUGCAGAUGGAUCUCGCUAUGGAGUUAUGGACAAGAACACCAUUGAAGGCAGAACAGCUGCAGAGGUGGCUCAGGUGGUUCUUAAUGCAGUGGGGCAGAAGAAGAAGGAGGUGCUCAUAGCUGGCUUACUGCCUUCCCUGGCUGUUUACCUGCGAACUCUGUCCCCCAGACUCUUCUUCACUUUUAUGGCAUCUAGAGCAAGAAAGGAGAGGAAAGUAAAGGACUCUUAGAGCUCAGCUCCCAUGGGCAUUGACUAGGACAA